UGUUGAUUGCUUCUGACAGUGUUCUCGUCUACAAGCUAGGUGACGGUCCUCACCAGCAAGCUCGCUGGUUUGCUUCUGGCAAGCAAGGCAUCUCUAUCACACCUAUCCUCGAAGUGAGAGGUGGCCAGGCGCCGGCUUCCCACAACGUUCGCUUCUGCUUCUGCUCGCGUUCACCGCCCCGCAGCUGGACAUGCAUCGAACGACGUUCUCUCUCUGGGCCAUCAUUGUCGCCUUUACGGUAUUCAUUGGCUUACCAAGCAUACCAUUUACCGAAGCUCGACCACUGCAGCGGGUUCUUAUGGAGUCUGUGCUUACAGGAACGGAGCCCACAAUGGAGUCUGACCAGAACUUCUCGCCACCAUUUCGGGCGGCGGGCAGACACAUUGUUGACUCCAAUGGCAAGCGGUUGAAGCUAGCUUCCAUCAACUGGUAUGGCGCGAGCGAUGUCUACUUUGUUGCAGGCGGACUCGAUUUCAGACAUCGAGAUGACAUUGCGCGGACUAUCCGCGAGAUGGGGUUCAACAGCGUUCGCUUCCCAUACUCAGAUCAGAUGGUCAUCGAAAACGCCAUCAUACCGCCAGAGCUGAUAUCAUCCAACCUGGACUUGAUUGAAAUGUACGGGGCGAAACAGAACUCGUCAGACGGUGGCGAAGUGCCCGGCGUACGCGCAUUAGAUGUCUACAAGGCUUGCGUAGAUGCCAUGACCGAUGCCGGCCUUGUGGUAAUUCCAAACAACCACAUCACAAAUGCUCAUUGGUGUGAUGGAAAGAACCUUUGUGACUCUAGCUGGAAGAAUGAUCAGUAUGGCUCCCUUUGCAAAGUCCGGCAAACCACGGAAAGCUGGAUCGAGCACUGGAAAACGAUCAUGGAGCCGCACAUUGACAAUGGACUGGUCAUUGGUGCCGACCUUCGCAAUGAGCCCAGAGGCCUCUGGGGUACUAUGAGCUGGGAUAUGUGGGCAACGGCAGCUGAGCAAGCCAGCGAGGAGUUGCUGAAGAUGCAACCUAACUGGUUGAUGUUUGUCGAAGGCAUUGGGUCUGCUAACGACUGCUCUGGCGCACGUGAACGACCCGUAAAGCUUUCGAUACCGGAGCGUGUGGUCUAUAGCGCCCACGUCUACAAGUGGUCCGGCUGGUCCACGCUUGUACCCUAUGGAAAGCGGCCUUACCCGUCGUUCGCGCUCGACAUGGAGCGCAAUUGGGGCUACCUGCUACGUGGCGACAUUGCUCCGGUAUGGGUGGGCGAGUUUGGAGCCCCGCAUGGCGGCAAUGAUGGUGAUCACCAUUACUGGAACAACCUGAUGAAGUACCUACGAGAUGUGGAUGCGGACUGGGGUUACUGGGCGUUGAACCCACGAAAGCCCGAGAAUUAUGAUAACGAGACAUACGGCCUGCUGGCUGACGACUGGGAAACGGUCGUUGAUGAUUGGCGGAUCAAGGAUCUUCUGAAGCUUGUUGCACCGCGCAGGCAUCCAAGCUGAGCGCUCCAUGUGCACGUGCAUUAUGGCGCAAUUAGAUUGGCAUUGCAUGGUGGCGUUAGGUAUUGACCUCAGAUCAUCGCCUCCAGAGGCGCAUUCAGAAUCUCAGUGUAUCACAC